GGCGAUAAUUUCUGCUUUCCCGCAGUUCUGCCUUUCCAAAGCACUGGCGUUCUUUACAGCUGCAGAAAGACGACCAUCUCUUGUUUUUCAAGUGCACCGCAGGGUUGGGUUGCAGCUUGACUGGAUUGGGUCUGCUGAGUGCUCUUGCCCGGUUGUACUUGUUCUCUUUGUUGAGGGCAGCAUCCCUUUCAAAAACUCACAACUCGUCUCAAACACGCCUCAAAUUUCUUGUUUUUUUAGGAUUGGAAGUUCCCCAACCUCGAGUGCAUCGCGUUCUAUAGCCACGCAAGCGCGAUGGUUCGAACAAGACGGUCGGCAGCUGCCGACGAGAUUGCCGAAGCAUCUGCCCAGGUUGACAUGGCGACAUCGGCGAAGCGACCUGCUGCAGGCCGGCGCAGUGGGUUAAGCGAGACAUCUGACUCCUCGUCUCUUCUGACCUCGGCUUCCCCUUCUGUGGGCAGCGGCUAUGCGACUCCUCUCACGAGUUACACUGCGACGCCUACUCCCAUGGAAACCUCAGGAUUGACUUCAUCAUCCUCGGUGAAGCGAUUGAAUCGGAUAGAGGUGCACUUACCCGCCGUGAAAGCGCCUGCGAAUGGGACCCUCCGCAAAAGCAUAUAUUCCAUGAACAGCAAGCGCAAGCGUGAUGUUAUUGAUGACAGCGAGGAGGAAGAUUUUUCCGACACCUCGCCAGAUGCGGUACUUGCACGAAAGCUCCAGGCCGAGGAAGAUGCGGCGGCAACAAGGCUCACUGAGCCUUCACUGGAGUCUCGGCCUGCACUACGUCGUAGCUUGCGAUCCCUGGCGGAGCCAGCUACUGCGCGAGCCCCGGGGCGACUCUCAGAACCUAAUGCCAGCGGAUCCGUGUCUACAGCCGCAAAAGGGUCCAAAGCCGCGAACCGUCCAGCUGCCGCCCGACCCUCUAACCCGAGCAAAGCUGUGAGCAAGCGGAGGGCACUUGCCAUGCCUGAUUCUGGAGAUAGUGAGAGUGCGGCCGCGGAGUUUUCGGGAGGUGAUGACAGCGACUAUUCACUUCAGCCCCUGAGCGAGCCCCGAGGUGCCACUGCACGCAAAUCCGCGACCACUUCCCGACAGUCGAACAACAAGGGAGUUGGGAAGGCGGUGACUGAGCCAGCAACUGAAGACGAAGAGGAUGACAUGCUGUCGGAAGAUGAUGAUAGUGACACUACUUUCGGCGCCGAUGCCCUUUUGUCUGAUGCUCCCUCUGUUUCUGAGUCUGAGGACAGUGAUGGAGACGGCGAUCCGGGCGAUGGCGAUGAAGACGAAGACGGAGCUGGGCCCGCCCCUGCUGUUCGCUCGGCUGUCCAAUUGGCGAUGACUUCUCGCCGCGCCUAUCGCCAAUAUGCGAGCUUACGCCGGGUCAGGAAAGACAGGCUUCGACUCGAGACGCACCAUCCAGAGCUUAGGACGAUGUGGACGGAUCUCGAGAGCAUGCCCGUUCUGAAGGCCGGCAAGGCAGAACAACCCAAGUCCAUCUCUCGGCAGCUCAAGCCGUUCCAGCUUGAAGGCCUAGCGUGGAUGAUGGCGAUGGAGAAAACAGAGUGGAAAGGUGGGCUUCUUGGCGACGAGAUGGGUCUCGGCAAGACUAUUCAAGCCGUCUCCCUCAUCAUGUCCGACUUCCCAGCCAAGAAGCCGUCCUUAGUGCUGGCGCCUCCCGUCGCGCUGAUGCAGUGGAUGACCGAAAUCGAGUCCUACACGGAUGGCACUCUCAAAACCCUCGUCCUCCACGGCACCAACUCCAAGUCAAAGAACCUUACCGUCAAGGACCUCAAGGCAUACGACGUGAUCAUCAUGUCGUACAACAGCCUGGAGUCGAUGUACCGUAAGCAGGAGAAGGGUUUCAAGCGCAGGGAUGGCCUCUUCAAGGAGAAGUCUAUCAUCCACCUGACACCUUUUCACCGCGUCAUCCUCGACGAAGCGCACUGCAUCAAGACGCGUUCGACAAUGACGGCAAGGGCCUGCUUCGCCCUCAAGGCCACUUACCGGUGGUGUCUCUCCGGCACGCCCCUGCAGAAUCGCAUUGGCGAGUUUUUCUCGCUGAUCCGUUUCCUCAACGUUCGUCCAUUCUCUUGUUACCUUUGCAAACAGUGCCCGUGCUCCACGCUUGAGUGGCAGAUGGACGACGACAAUAACUGCACGGGCUGCGGGCACGGCGGCAUGCGACACGUGUCUGUCUUCAACCAGGAGCUCCUCAACCCAAUCCAGAAGUUCGGUAACCGCGGCCGCGGUGCUGAGGCCUUCAAGAAGCUGCGGAUCUUGACGGACCGCAUCAUGUUGCGCCGGCUCAAGAAGGACCAUACUGAUUCCAUGGAGCUGCCCGUCAAGGAGAUCAAUGUCGAGCGUCAGUUCUUUGGUGAGGAGGAGAAUGAUUUUGCCAACAGCAUCAUGACCAACAGCCAACGCAAGUUCGAUACCUACGUGGCCAGUGGCGUUCUGCUCAACAACUACGCCAACAUCUUCGGUCUCAUUAUGCAGAUGCGGCAGGUGGCCGACCACCCGGAUCUGAUAUUGAAGAAGAACAGCGAGGGCGGUCAGAACAUCCUCGUGUGCAACAUCUGCGACGAACCCGCCGAGGAUGCGAUUCGAUCCCGUUGCAAGCACGACUUCUGCCGCACGUGCGUCAGGAGCUACUUGAACUCGACGACGGACCCGAACUGUCCCCAGUGCCACAUUCCCUUGUCCAUCGACCUCGAGCAACCGGAGAUCGAGCAGGACGAGGCCAUGGUCAAAAAGUCGUCAAUCAUCAACCGGAUCAAGAUGGAGAAUUGGACUUCGUCGUCCAAAAUCGAGUUGUUGGUGCACGAGUUGCACAAGCUCCGCUCCGACAAUGCCUCACACAAGUCCAUCAUCUUCUCUCAAUUCACGACCAUGCUGCAGCUCAUCGAGUGGCGGCUGCGCCGUGCCGGAAUUACCACCGUCAUGCUUGACGGCAGCAUGACCCCGGCUCAGCGGCAGGCCUCGAUCAACCAUUUCAUGACGAACGUGGACGUCGAGUGCUUUUUGGUUUCCUUGAAGGCUGGUGGCGUCGCCCUGAAUCUCACCGAGGCGUCCCGGGUCUUCAUUGUUGACCCAUGGUGGAAUCCUGCAGCUGAGUGGCAGUCUGCUGACCGGUGCCACCGCAUCGGGCAGACCCGUCCGUGCACCAUCACCCGACUUUGCAUCGAGGAUUCGGUCGAGAGCCGGAUGGUUCUCCUCCAGGAGAAGAAGACGAGCAUGAUCAACUCGACGAUCAAUGCGGAUGAUGCGGCGAUGGACUCUCUUAGCCCGGAAGACCUGCAGUUCCUCUUCCGCGGCAACUAACGGGGUCUUUCCUUUUGUCUUUCUUUGCGGGACAAUUCUAUUAGAGCUGAGCUUGUCAUUGGUGUUUUAUCUUUUACAUUAUCUUGUUCUGUCGUGGGACGAUUCCCACG